CUCGAAAUUAGGGGUCAACUCUUGUUCCGGGUUGGUAGAAGUUGUCACUAAAGUCAAAUCAAGGUAAGCAACGAGAUUUAACGUAUGGAUGUACGUACUUCUGUUGGACUCUCGCCUUGCUUGCUGUUGCAAAUGACGAUGAUUGGAAAUGACCAGGAGUAGGAAAGAUAGCUGCGCGACGGUAAAAGAAAAUCCUUGUGAGGAGAGAAGACUGGCGACAAAUUGAUUAAUCGCGGUUUCAUAUAGUCAUAAGUCAUGAUGGUCGAACUUCAAAAAGAAGAUUUUCCUUUACAUAAACCGUCGAGAGGAUGCCACCCUAUUGCCAGUUGAUUCCAGAAGUGACUCGCCCAGUUAAUGGGGAGAAGAGAAAAGAAGAUUUCUGGGAUCGGUGAUGGGAUGGAGGGGAGUAGACUCACAGGUGAUGCCAAGACGAACGACGCCAAAAAGACGGGGAAUGUACCGGCCCUGCAGUCGAUGCAAAAGACGAUACGCAGUGAGCUCCUUGUCGUAGCACCCCAUCUUCCCAAGCCAAGUGUCGACCUCCCACAUCCAAUCCUCCCAAAGCUCAUCGCUGGGUUGGUUGUCAGAAUCGGCACCGUAUCCACGUCGUCGUUAUUGCCACGAUACCCCAGUUUGCGGUCCGCCAGCUUUGGGAUAAACUUUUCAUCAUUGGCGUGUCGCUGGACUAGAAGGACAGUGCCGAUUGUGAUGGGCUCGAAGCGUUUGACCACUGUGGCUGCGAGAGGUGCGAAUGUCUUGGAGCCUUCAGGUUGGAAUUGGAGCUGGAGCUUCGUUCCAGGGAGAUACAGUUCUUCCCCUCUCGUAACCGGUGCUAUCGAAAUUCAUGGUUGGCUUGCGUGAAGAGCCUUGUAUAUCGAGUCAGAUAACGAAGCAUGAUGCGGAGAAAAUAG